AUGCCAUGUGCGGGACCUUGCGAUAAAUUGCCUUGUAAUAAGCGUUGUUCGUCAAAGCUUUCUUGUGGUCACCAAUGUCCAGGUCUUUGUGGCGAGCCAUGUCCAGAAGACUACUGUCAGAUAUGCUCCACGAAACAAGAUGCUCGAGUUGAUUUACUAGAAAUGAAACUUUAUGGCGACAUUGACCUUGACGAAACACCAAUUGUCGCACUCGGAUGCAAGCACUUUUUCACAGCCGAGACUCUCGAUGGGAUGGUUGGGAUGUCAGAGGUAUACGAGCAAGAUAUACUUGGAAACUACACAGCAAUCAAAGACGCAACUGCCACCCUAGCAUCUUCUAUCCCUCGAUGUCCGGAUUGCAAAUGUCCCCUUCGUCAAUUCGCAACACCUCGGUACAAUCGAGUUAUUAACAGAGCUGUGAUUGAUGAAAUGUCCAAACGAUUCCUCGUCACUGGCCAAACAGAACUUCGAGAGUUGGAAUCCGAGAUCAAUAAAUUGGAGCAAGAACUUGAUGAUACUAGACAGUCUCUUCUGAUCAUGAACAAUGUGAACGGAAUAACUUCUAGAACGCAGAGCAAUGCUGAAAGACAGCUCAAAGAGCGACAAGAUAAGUCUAGAAAACUUGGGAAAAGAGUGGAUGCAUUCUGUAAGAAAGUAAUGGAGAAGCACCAACCCGCGACGAAACUUCAUGAUGCAACUGUCAAUGCCAUCCGACAACGAUCAAUUGAAGAUGCCAUAACCAGCUUGUCUCUUUCAAAUACUCGUAGCUCACCUCGAGAUCGCCGUAUAACCCGUGGGGCACAUGGUGUGCAAUUAAAGCUUCAGUAUAUCGUACUUACCGACAAAUUCCCCUUAUCUCAAAAACUACAGGCUAACCCAAAAAUAACAAUCAAAUUACCCGGCGGCGCCCCAGACCAACCCUCCAUAGCAUUUUUCCGCUCCUGUCUUUCUUACAUAUCAUCUUGUCAAGAAGACAGUCUUCCAAAACUCGCUGUUGAGGGAAUCCUCUAUUAUGCGAAGAUCGCUCGCCUUUACGAUUCAUAUACACGUUCUAUUUCUUCCCAAACAACCAAGAAAACUUCCGAGAUACAGAAAGCUAAAGACUUAUUAGAGGAAGCAAGAAACUUGUGUUCGCAAGGAUUCCAAAAUGCAGAUUCGCUACUGACUGCAGUCGAGGAAUCAAUCAAAUUUUUACGUCGAGAAUGGUAUGAGGAAGUCACGAAAGAGGAAUUAGAUGCUAUUAAAAAAGCGAUGGUUUCAGGUCGCGGUGGAAUCGCUACUCAUAGUGGUCAUUGGUAUGAAUGUGAGAAUGGACAUCCGUUUGCAAUUGGUGAAUGUGGAAUGCCUAUGCAAUUGGCUAGAUGUCCGGAAUGUGGUGCCAGAAUUGGUGGGCAGAGUCAUAAUCUUACAGAGGGGGUUGUGAGGUCUGACAGGAUGGAGAGAUGA